AUUCAAACAUACACACACAACAGUCAACACCUUUGUGAUACUAAAUACAGAAGAGAAGUAUUUGUAACCAAUGGCUUCUUCUUCUCUUCUAGUCACCAUCUUCCUCUGCAUUUCUUUCUCCUCCUUCUUGUCAACAAAUGCAAAUGAGGUAACCGUCGGUGGAAAAUCCGGUGUCUGGAAGAUCCCUACUUCUUCUCCUUACUCUUUCAACGACUGGUCUCAAAAGGCUCGCUUCAACGUCGGUGACUUUCUCGUUUUCAGCUACGAAGAAGGUAAAGACUCGGUGCUGCAAGUGACAAGAGAUGCUUACGAGAAAUGCAACACCACGAGCCCGAUAGCUAGCUACAAUGAUGGGAACACUAAGGUGAAGCUAGAACAACCCGGUCCGGUCUAUUUCAUAAGUGGAAAAGAGGGUCACUGUCAAAAGGGUCAGAAGGUACUUCUUGUGGUAGUCACUCCUCGUAUCUCUGCUUUCUCUCCCGCUCCUUCUCCGUCAUCUGAUGGUCCUGCCGUUGCUCCUACUCCUACUAGUGGUGCUGCUAAGGUCACAGGAGUCUUAAGUGUCAUGGGCCUUGUUCUUGGAUUAUGGGCCUUCUUCUGAGAAGCUCUUCACUUUUGUUUUUUGGUCUUAGAUUCUAUUCUAUUUAUUAAUUUUCAAAUAUGAAGCAAAGAUCUUUUCUCUCUCCCUAGUCUUGCUGUUACUAAUUCAGUAUUCACAAGAUUUAUAUAACUUGAAUGGUUUUUGCACUUGUUUAAACAGUUUAAGAACAAAAUGAA